AUGGCGCCCAGCACACAGGUCGUCCAGGCUCUGACCCAAGCCGAGUCAGCAUCCGGCGAAAAGGGACCCCUUUACGAAGCUCUCCUCGCCGACAUCAAGAACCUCUCCUCACGACCCAGCGCCAUUGACGACCUCAAUGCUACCGCCGACUCCUUCUUCGGCCAGGCCCUCGGCGUGGUAGCCACCCGCUCGGUCCUCAGCGCCUUUGUGGCGACCCUCAAGGCCCUCGAGAACACCGACAUUUGGAUCCAAGUCGGCACGCGCACCCUUUCCGCGCUCUCGUUACAGCCCUCGUCCUUCUUCGACGCCCAAGCUACCCUCUGCGACCUCGUGGCCACAGCCCACGAGACCAACGAGGACUUUACAGACGCCGCCAAGGUCCUGGCCGAGAUCCCGCUCGACAGCUCCCAGCGCAAAGUCACAGACGAGGAAAAGGCCAGGAUAUGGGUUCGCAUUGUCCGGAACUACCUCGAGGAGGACGACCCCACGGCCGCCGAGACGUACAUCAACAAACUCAAGAACAUCAUGCACACCGUGUCCGACCCAGACCUGAACCUGCACUUUAGACUCUCGCAGGCGCGUAUCCAAGACGCAAAGAGGGACUUCCUGUCGGCCUCGCAGCGAUACCACGAGAUUAGCUUCUCGCCCGCCGUCGUAGAGGAAGAGCGCCUGCACACCCUCGGCAUGGCCAUCAAGUGCGCCAUCCUGGCGCCCGCCGGGCCCAUGAGGAGCCGCAUGCUCGGGAGGCUGUACAAGGACGAGCGGUCCGUGCAGCUGGAUCAGUUCGGAAUCCUGGAGAAGAUGUUCCUGGACCGGCUUCUCUCGCAGGCAGAGGUAGAUAAGUUCGCCGAGGCGCUGGAGCCCCACCAGCUGGCCACGACGUCCGACGGGUCGACUGUCCUUGCGAGGGCCGUCGUCGAGCACAACUUGCUCGGCACGUCCAGGCUGUUCAACAACAUCCAGUUUGGGGCCCUGGGCUCGCUGCUGGGGCUGGAUGCGGACAAGGCCGAGGAGACGGCGGCCCGGAUGAUUGAGCAGGGACGCCUCGUCGGGCGGAUAGACCAGCUGGAUGGCAUUGUGUGGUUUGAAGGCGGAGAAGCGUCCGGGGAGAAGGGCAGUGGCAGAGCAGAGGUGAUUGCGGGCAAGGAGAUGCGCAGAUGGGAUGCCAACGUGGAGAGCCUGGCGGAAGAGGUCGAAAACGUGACCAAUUCCCUGCAGAAGGAGUUUCCUGACUUUGUGGCAGUAAAUCUGGCUGUGUGA